CCAAGGAGUUGGGCUGGGGCCACCAGCUCGUGAAGGGCCUGGGAGGUCAUGCUAAAGAGUUAGGACUUAAUGGAGCAGGUGGUGGGAGCCUUGGAAAGCUUAAGGAAGAGAAUCCUCUUCCCCCAUCUUUCUAGCGGCCCUGACUCAUCUGAGGCUGUCCUUCACAGCUCCAUGGGUCAGCACUUCACCAUGCUUUGUGACUUGGGAUUUUCCUGAGAACUUUAUUUCCCCUCCACAUCCGCCCCCUACACCCCUGCUCUCUCUCACACCCCACCUAUCUCUAAUCGGCCCUUCUUGCUUGAAGUCAAUCCAGCAAAGCUCUUAAGUGCAUGGGUUUGGGAGUCAGAUGGGUCAGCGUCUGAGUUCUGAUGCUGUUGCUUCCCAGCUGUGAGAACACUCUGAGCCUUAGGUUUCCCAUCUGUCAAAUGGGGAUAAUUGUAACAGUACCACCUAGAGUUGUUACGAAGAUAAAUUGAGAGAAGGCACCUAAAGUCUUUGCAGAGAGGAAAUACUCCAUCAGUGACACUUGUUAUUAUUGCUGUUUGAUCUCACUUUUAUUUUUGCUGUUCUGCUCUUACCACUGUGACCUGAACCUGUCCUGCUGCAUUUUCCAGCAGAACCUGUGGACAGUCAGCUUUGCCUGUGAGCCCUUUGGCUGGGUUCCCAUUCACCUCAAGAAGAGCCCAGGAAAUGGCAGAAAAAUUCUGUGUUUUCACUUGAUUGCCUCACAUGGCCUGGAAGAACCUUCCCUUCUGGCAGUAAACUCCAGAAACCGAGGGAGGUGGGGCCGAGGGAGGUGAAGAAGGGGCAGGACCUGGGCAGCAUAAUCUCCCCAGAGUAUUUACUGAAGGUCAUGAAGAGGAAAGACAAGGCCAGCCAGGGAAUGGAAGGAGGCUACUCCCUGGGGGGCAGACGUGAUGGGGAGAAGGAAUGUCAGAUCUUUGAAAACACCAUUGUAUUGCCAGCCCCAAGAACACUGCCUGGCCGACCCUCACUCUUCCUGGCCCUGUGUGCCUCUGUGUCUUUGCUGGGUGGCCUGACCUUUGGCUAUGAACUGGCAGUCAUAUCGGGUGCUCUACUGCCACUUCAGCUUGACUUUGGGCUAAGCUGCUCGGAACAGGAGCUGCUGGUGGGCAGUCUGCUCCUGGGGGCUCUCCUUGCCUCCCUGGUAGGGGGCUUCCUCAUCGACCGCUAUGGCAGGAAGCAAGCCAUCCUCGGGAGCAACUUGGUGCUGCUGGCAGGCAGCCUGAGCCUGAGCCUGGCCAGCUCCCUGACCUGGCUGGUCCUGGGCCGCUCAGUGGCUGGCUUUGCCAUCUCCCUCUCCUCCAUGGCCUGCUGUAUCUACGUGUCAGAGCUGGUUGGGCCACGGCAGCGGGGAGUGCUGGUGUCCCUCUACGAGGCAGGCAUCACCGUGGGCAUCCUGCUCUCCUAUGCACUCAACUACGCGCUGGCCGGUGCCCUCUGGGGCUGGAGGCAUAUGUUUGGCUGGGCCACUGCACCUGCUCUCCUGCAGUCCCUCAGCCUCCUCCUCCUCCCCCCUGGUACAGUUGAUGCUGCAGCCCACAGGGACCUCAUCCCCCUCCAGGGAGGCGAGGCCAUGAAGCUGGGCCUGGGGAGGCCAAAAUACUCCUUCCUGGACCUCUUCAGGACCAGGGAUAACAUGCGAGGCCGGACCAUGGUGGGGCUGGGGCUGGUGCUUUUCCAGCAGCUAACAGGGCAGCCCAACGUGCUGUGCUACGCCUCCACCAUCUUCCAUUCAGUGGGCUUCCGUGGGGCCUCCUCGGCUGUGCUGGCCUCCGUGGGGCUCGGUGCCGUGAAGGUGGCAGCCACCCUGACCGCCAUGGGGCUGGUGGACCGAGUGGGCCGCAGGGCCCUGUUACUCGCUGGCUGUGCCCUCAUGGCCCUGUCGGUCAGCGGCAUCGGCCUUGUCAGCUUUGCUGUGCCCAUGGACUCAGGCCCAAGUUGCCUGGCCGUGCCCAAUGCCACUCGGCUGUCAGGCUUCCCUGGAGACUCUGGCCUGCCCAGUGGCUUGGCUCCGCCUCUGCGGCCAAUGACCGACCAGAGCCCAGGGCGGCCAGUCUUGUCAACAUCUGAGAAAACCAAGCCUCAUCCGGGAGCUGGGGACCCCACUGCCCUUCCUCUGCCAGCCUUAAGCAUCGUGCCCGCUGCACCCCCUUCUCCUGCCCCUGAGCAUGCCCUGCUGCACUGGACCACACUGGUCUGCAUGAUGCUGUUUGUGAGCGCCUUCUCCUUUGGCUUUGGACCAGUGACCUGGCUUGUCCUCAGCGAGGUUUACCCCGUGGAGAUCCGAGGGCGAGCCUUUGCCUUCUGCAACAGCUUCAACUGGGCUGCCAACCUCUUCAUCAGCCUCUCCUUCCUUGACCUCAUCGGUGCUAUUGGAUUGUCCUGGACCUUCCUGCUCUACGGGCUGACUGCUGUCUUCGGCCUGGGCUUCAUCUAUUUAUUUGUCCCUGAAACAAAAGGCCAGUCGUUGACAGAGAUAGACCAGCAAUUCCAGAAGAGACGGUUCACCCUGAGCUUUGGCCACAGGCAGAGCUCGGCUGGCAUCCAAUACAGCCGAAUUGAGGUCUCUGCGGCCUCCUGAGGAGUCCAUCUGGAAAAUGCUGGAACCAUGGCUUUAGCAGACAGUCUUCAGCUUCCUGCUUGCCUGGGUGCCAGAGCACAAGUUCUAGGUGGUCCUUCAAGAGGCACCCCUGCUCCGGAAGAGGUCUGUUUUGCUGGGGCGAAAGGGAUGAAAAUCUGAGAACUCAAAAGUCUUCAGGUGGAGUCUCAGGCUCUGAGGGUGCCUGAGGCUCUGCCUUCCUGCCUCAGUUUCCCCACUGACUCUGCGCAUCUCUGCAGUAAUGAACUUAUGAUGAGAACAUCUUAUGGAGACUUCGUUGCUCUAUGGGCUUUCUCAAAGAAUGUCGAAGGUACCACCCUGGCAGGAAGUCUCUCCUGGAAUCACCCCUAAGUCCAACUGAGGAUACCAUAUUCUCUGCUCUCUUUCCAUCUGGUUGGGACUUUCUGGGGAGGGGGAAGCCUGCGUUUUGGCUCUCAGAUCUCGUUUUGUUCAACCCCUCUAAUUCUCUUACCUAGAAUAUUUGUCAUUCACCAGCAACUCAGAUGGUUGGUAGGAGUUCUAGUCCUGAGGCUGCUGGUGUUCUUGCUCUCUGACUGGGGAUCUCAGCUUUCCCUGUAUGUACAAUGGGAGCUCUGGACCAGGUGGUUCUUAAGAUCUCUUCUGAUGCCAAUGAGCUGGAAUUCUAAGUGCUGGCAAUACCACAGAUAUUCAGCAUGGGCCCUGCUCUCAAGUUGCUAGUCAUCUCUUUCAGGGAUAUAGGUUUUAAUUAGGGGAAAGGUGAACAGAAUUCCAGAGUUGUGUGCACUAAAAUCCAAGGACCAUCAUAGUGCAGGUCACAGGCUCCAGGAGCUGUUUCCAGGAUGGCGCAGGGGGACCUUGCAGAAAGGAGAUGGGUCUGGAAGCUAACAAACCUGGUUGUCGGUGUGGCCCCCACCUCUUGGCAGCUAGUGACCCUGGAUAAGUAACAACUCCCUUAAGCCUCAGUUUCCACAUCUACAGAAUGGGGAUGACUAUGCCCCCAGGGGUGUAUUUAACCUCUGUCUCCCAUCAGGAGGGUCUUCAUUUGGUCCCAUUCAGCUGGGCAGGAUGGACGGGAUUUCUGCUCACCCUCAAUACCCAGGUCCCCACCUUUGGGACGUUGUAAAGGGUCACCCCUGCCCCCCAAGGGGUGAGUCAGAUGGGGACUGAGCAAGUAGCUCCUCUCCCACAGGACUCUGGCCUCCCCUGAGUCCUUGCCUCUCAUUUCUAGAUACUUCCCUUAGAUCCGGUGGUGUGUUGGAGCUGGCUUGUGCUGGCUUGUGAGAGCUGAUUGUUAAAUUUUCAGGAGUUUUGCAAGCUCGUUGUUAAACACAGCUGCUAAAAAAUUAAAUUAUUUAAAUUUAUACUUAAAUAAAUUAUAUUAAAACCGAGGUAAUACAUACUAAAAACUCAUCACUUCCUUAUUUUACUACAUUUUGCUCUCAUCUGUGCUCUUAAGGUAAUUUACACCUAUUGCAUCACAUGAGGAACGUGGGGUAAGGGCACUGCCCAUCCCUUGCCGGGUCUGCCUUCAGUGAUCCACGGGGAGUGUGUUUGCACCACAGGGACUGGGGAACACCACAGAUCAGGGCUUGACUUGUCGUUUUAUUGAUUGUCCAGUCUUAAGAAUGUGAUGGAUACAAUGUUAAUAAUGUAAAUUAAACUUAACAGUGUGUUCUGUCCGUAGUUGAUACAUUGUGAAUGGCACAAAAAAUGGAGGGGAUUAUUAUCCAGUUCAGCCAACAGAUGACUCAUGUCACUGGUGAAGGAGUUUGGACACACGUCUUUGUUGUUUUACUUUCGUCGUAUUCAUUAACACGAACAAAAAUUUCAACUAGCAUUCAUGUCAGAACUGCAUCCACGCUUCAGUGACGUCAGCAACUUCUUUUCUGAGUCAUAUUGUUGUCAAGCAUUUCUUCGUGGUCUAAUUUUGUUAAAUCAUGGCUAAAUUGCAGUGACAGUUGGCUUUGGAAUCAAGAGGUUGGCAGAAAAAUCAACAAAAACAUUUCUGUGAGAAUUAAUUGGCUAGAUGGCAUUUACAAUGAAGAGUAUUUACAAU